AUGGCCAAAGAUAACUACUCUUCAUCGCCAAUCGGACCAUCCAAACUCAACAUGUCUUCAAAGGCAACAUCUUCCGGUAGGCACAACCAGCUCGAGGCUCUUCGCGCGCGUCAAUCUGCUCUCGAAUCCACUGUCGCCGACCUUCUAUCUCAGCGUACUUCCCUUGUCGAUCCCCUCUCCACCCCUAGCAGCUCAGAAGCAGAAGAAACAGACAGCCGUGCAAAGACAGCAGUAGAAACUGCCAAUGUGAAAAUCAAGUCGCAGAUCAGACAGCUCCAGCAGUACAACGACAUCAAGGACAUUGGAACACAGCUCAUGGGACUGAUUGCGGAGAAGCGUGGCUGCCGUAUCGGGGAGGUCCAGGAGGAGUUUGGCAUCAACGCUGAAGAUUGA